AUGCAGGACGACGUUCCUGCAGCUGCGCGUUACCCAACGGCGCCCGCGACGAGGUGCACCCGGUCCAAAUGGAUCGCCGUCCCCGCGCUGGCCCUCCUCGGCCUGUGCUGGACCAACAGCCUGCCCUCUGCCAUCUUUGGUGACCAAGGCCCCGUCUCGCGCCCGGACCUUGCACAGCAAUGUCGCCAGGUUGACCCUCUCUUCCCAGGCAAGGGCUCCUCCUCGCUGGCGUCCAUGGACCAGUACCUCGCGUCGUCGCAGUUCCUCAACGCCAGCACUGUCCGCAUGUCCAACGCCAUCCAGAUCGCCACCCAGUCCUAUGACAACAUGGGACCCGUGGGCGAGGACGAGCGGUGGGAGGUCUUCCCUCCCUUCGCUUCGUUCCUGGAGAAGACCUUCCCGCUCGUCCACAGCACCCUGGGGCUUGAGAAGGUCAACUCCCACGGCCUGCUGUACACCUGGAAGGGCUCAGACGCCGGGCUGAAGCCGACCGUGCUCAUGGCGCACCAGGAUGUCGUGCCUGUCGAGAAGUCCACCGUUGAGCAGUGGACGCACCCACCGUUCAGCGGCGAAUUCGACGGCAAGUACGUCUGGGGACGUGGCGCUGCGGAUGACAAGAGCAGCCUGAUUGGGAUCCUAGAGGCCGUCGAGCAGCUCAUCGACGCCGGCUUCGAGCCCAAGAGGACGGUUGUCUUGUCCUUUGGCUUUGACGAGGAGAUCUCGGGCUACCAGGGUGCUGGUAACUUGGCCGAGCGUCUCAUUGACCGCUACGGCAAGGAUGGCGCGUCGAUCAUCGUCGACGAGGGCUCUGGCCUGGCUAAGCAGUGGGGCACCGUCUUCGCUCUUCCUGGUGUCGCUGAAAAGGGCUACAUUGACGUUGAUGUCAUCGUACGGAUGCCCGGCGGUCAUUCGUCAAUCCCGCCUAAGCACAACGGCAUUGGUGUUACCGGAGAACUUAUCACCCACAUCGAGGCCAACCAGUACGAGCCACGUCUGUACGAGGAGAACCCCUACCUCGGUCUCCUCCAGUGCGGUGCGAAGUAUGCACCAGAGUUCCCGCCCAGGGUGAAGAAGGAGCUGCGAAAGCGUGACAAGAAGGGCGUCGCGACCUGCCACAAGCGGGACAAGCUGGCCCUGGAGGCAGCCAAGGAAGGUGACGCGGUCAAGUACCUCUUCACCACCUCGGUCGCCGCGGACCUCAUCAGCGGAGGCGCCAAGGUCAACGCCCUGCCCGAGCGCACCGUCCUCACCGUUAACCACCGUGUCAACGUCGGCGAGAAGGUCUCAGACGUCAAGGACCGCAUCACGGGCAUCGCGGCCGAGGUCGCCAAGAAGCACAACCUGACCCUCCACGCCUUCACCGACGAGGCCGAGACCCCGCGCUCCAUCACGCUCAAGGUCGGCCACUCCCUGGAGCCCGCCCCCGUCUCGCCGACGGACGUCCAGGACAACGGUGACGCCACGCCCUACUCGAUCCUCUCUGGCACCACGCGUGCCCUCUACGGCGAGGACGUCGUCGUCUCCGCUGGCUUGAUGACUGGCAACACGGACACCAAGUUCUACUGGGACCUUACCAAGCACAUCUUCAGGUAUAACCCUGGCUUCGACCCGGCCCAGAACUUCAUGGACGGCAUCCACACCGUGGACGAGAAGAUGAGCAUGCAGGGCCAUGUCAGUGGUGUGAAGUGGUACAGUCUUUUCGUCAGGAACAUGGAUGAGGCUGAUCUGUGA